GCAGCGGCACACCGGGCUGGACUCCGGGCAGAGGCACACCGGGCUGGACUCCGGGCAGAGGCACACCGGGCUGGACUCCGGGCAGAGGCACCAGGCGAAGCAGCAGGCAGCGGGCCACCAGGCGGAGCAGCAGGCACCGGGCCCCCGGGCGGAGCAGCAGGCACCGGGCCCCCGGGCGGAGCAGCAGGCACCGGGCCCCCAGGAGGGGCGGCGGGCGCCGGGCCCCCAGGAGGGGCGACAGGCAUCGGGCCCCCAGGCGGGGCGACAGGCAUCGGGCCCCCAGGCGGGGCGACAGGCAUCGGGCCCCCAGGCGGGGCGACAGGCAUCGGGGCGACAGGCAUCGUGCCCCCAGGCGGGGCGACAGGCAUCGUGCCCCCAGGCGGGGCGACAGGCAUCGUGCCCCCAGGCGGGGCGACAGGCAUCGGGGCGACAGGCAUCGUGCCCCCAGGCGGGGCGACGGGCAUCGUGCCCCCAGGCGGGGCGACGGGCAUCGUGCCC